AUGUCUGACUGGAUUGGACCAAACGUCUACCGCAUUGAAAGCCACAAAGACCGUAAGACUGCGGUUACUGUGAAAGACGGUAACAAAGAUGAUGGUGCAGCAGUCGUCCUAAAGGCCAGCGACGCCAAUAAGAACGACCAUUGGCAAUUCGUCCAUGUUGGCACUGGGGUUUCGGGGAAAGAAGAAUUUCUCAUCAUCAAUUGUAACACCGGGUACCAUCUGACUUAUGCCGAGGAAGCUAAACAGGCGCCGUUGACGGUGACUCGUAACUCGCCGACCCACUACCGUUGCCGCUGGAACAUCGCUCCCACACGGAAUGGCACAGGCGCAUUCUGGAUCGUGGCAGCUAAAGAUAACAAAAUGAUGCUUGUCACUGAGGGUGAAAAGACUAUUGAUAAUGUCAAUCUCCAAAUCUGGAAGGGCACUGUCGGGUCUCUUGGGACAUGGUGGUAUUUGAAGCUCGUCGAUGGUCAGACCCUCCAGUCCGCCGACCUCGGCAAGGCUCCGGCGCCUUAG